UUGAAAUAAAUUUGUCGAAUAAUUUUAAAACGAAUCGAAAUGGACGGAUCGUCGCAGAAGAUAAGCCACGCGGGUCUUUUGGCCCGCAGCCCGGAGGGAACCGCCGCUAAGGGCAUGAACAUCAAAGGCAACGAGGACUUGUGGGUUGAGAUACAAGGAAACACGUUCAGAAACUGGGUCAAUGAACAUCUGCGAUCGGAGAAUAUGAAGGUUUUGGAUUUAUCUCAAGAUUUGUGUGAUGGUACACGUCUUUGCGCCUUAGUCGAGGCCUUACAAGGUAGACGUCUUAAGCCGUCAUGGAACAGACGUCCUGGAAACCAGCAUCAUUAUUUAGAGAACGUCACAACGGCUUUGGCUGCAAUUGAAGCAGAUGGUGUCAAACUAGUCAAUAUAGGCAACGUGGAUAUUGUCAACGGCAACCUAAAGCUGAUAUUAGGUCUUAUAUGGUCACUGAUCGUGCGUUACCAGAUCGGCCGAAGCAAAUUCCCUCCAAGAAAACUGAUGUUGGCCUGGUUACAAGCAGUUCUUCCGGAAUGCAGAGUACAUAAUUUAACUACAGAUUGGAAUUCAGGAGUUUUAUUACAUGCUCUGCUAGAUUACUGUAAACCGGGACUUGCGCCGCAUUGGAGGGAUCUUGAUCCGAAUAGAUCUGUCGAAAACUGCGGAAGGGCUAUGAAUAUUGCAAAUCGUGAAUUUGGCAUCCCGAUGGUGUUGGAACCAGAAUAUCUAGCAUCACCCUGGCUGGACGAAUUGUCGGGCAUGACUUACUUAUCUUAUUUCAUGAAACCAGACAGUCCAGGAUUUCAUGCUACUUUGCGCUGGGUUAAUUCUAGACUUGAUAAACCUGUCAGGGGAUUUACGACUGAGUGGAAUGAUGGUAAAGUGAUUUCCGAAGUCAUCAGAAGUCUUGGUGGAUCAGCAACUGCACCAGAUAAGUUGCGCAGCGAUCCAGCUUAUUGGGAAUCUAAUUUACAACAAGCAGUUAAUGCUGGACAAAAAUUAGGAGUGCAGCCGGUUUUAUCAGUUCGCGAUAUGGCCAAGACCGAUGUGGGUCAUUUAGGAGUUAUGGCUUAUGCGGCGCAUUUCCAAUGGGUGAAACCUCGCCCACCUCUGGCUGAUAUGAUUGCCGUGCAUUUGGAAUCAACGAGCGGACGGGUUGGCGAACCAACCCAUUUUCGUGUUGAACUCCUUACGAAAGAAUUAGACUACAGCAUGGUUCGAACAUCAAUAAUUCCUCCAGCUGGUGGAGCUCCUCAGCCUGUAAAACUCCAUCGAGGAGAAGGUUCCUAUAUACCAGACAGAAUGGGAAUGCAUGAAAUUGUUUUGGAUGUAAACGAAGAUAGAUUGGAUGGCUACUUCUUCAGAGUUCUACCCCGCCAUGUCAAAGUUUUGCCUCCAGGCAUGGCUCCUUGUGCUUUGGGCAGUUUAGUUGAAGUUCUAGUCAGUGCAACUGGUGCCCCCAAAAAAGAAGAUAUUCUUGUAACAGCAUACAGUCCAAAUGGUAGAGCUUUGGAGUGCCCUCUAAAAUCUAUAGAUGGAACUAACAGUGCUAUAUUCAAACCUGAUGAAGCUGGAACCUGGGAAAUUGCUAUCACCUAUCAGGGAAAACAUAUUCAAGGUGGUCCUUUCACAUGUUCAGUAUUUGACCCUCGAGGCGUGUCUGUGUCCGGAGUCGAAGGUGCGGUCGCAGGCCGUGCCCACAGUUUCGACGUGGACACCCGGGAAACCGGAGCGCCCGGAGCCGAAGUUCAUGUCGAUGUAGUGCAUGACAAAAGAUCAUUGCUUUGUGCAGUCGAAAAGCUGGACCGAUGGAGACAUCGAGUCACUUUUGUACCUAAACAGAAUGGAAAACACAGGAUUUAUGUCUACUUCAAUGGAUAUGAUGUCAAGGGUUCUCCUUUCAUCAUGCGUGUUGGAACACAAAAAGGCAGAAAAUCAUCAGAUUCUCCAGUUAAUUCUAGAAACAGAGAGAGUCCAGUUAAUUAUAAGAGUCGUGAGAGUCCUGUAAAUUCUCGCAAUAGAGAGAGCCCUGUUCAUUCCAAAAGAGAGAGCCCUGUUUAUAACUACAGACUUAGGGAAAGUCCAAUCCCAUUGAAAACGGCUAGUCCUGUAACUGUUACUGUGAAGCGUCGUUCUGAAAGUCCUUCUUAUGGAUACGACGAGACAGAUCACAUUUCCAGCCUUUCACGAGAUAAAUCUGCAUUCACUAGUACCUCCAAAUAUACGAGUAGUUCCAGCGCACAAAAAUCUUCACAUGAUGUUUUAGGAUCGUCAAGACCUACAUAUGACACAAGGAGCAGUCCAGUUCACCAAGGUAAAUCAUUUACAUCAAGCAUGACAUCAAGUUCCCACUGGGAGUCGACUACAAAUAGAACAUCCAGCCCUCGUAACAUCACAUCCAGUCCUCGCAAUGUAUCAUCUAGCCCCAGAAACGUUACAUCGAGUCCAAGAAACGUGACAUCAAGUCCAAGAAAUGUCACAUCAAGUCCGAGAAAUACAUCUUCGAGUCCGAGAAUGUUUACAUACAGUCCUUCUGGUUACAGAUCUGAAAGUCCAACUGUAGUAAAAAUCAGUAGUUCCUCUAAGCAGAGUUCGUCUAAUUAUAAAUCGCAUUAUGGAGAAACUGGAAGCAGUAGUAGAUUGAGAAGCACUUCUCCUGAAUUUGAGCGUGGUAAAGUUGAUCAUAGCUCUAACGUACGUGUGUCUUCAUUGACAAAUGGACCAUCACGCAGGGACAGUUGGGAUGCAAUCGCCAAAACUAAACAUUUAUUAUCACAUAAUAGCUUGGAAUCUCUCGCAAACUUGGCAGAAAGUCAACUAAAUACAGAUUUAAGCUUUGCACGUAAUGAGGAAACAGAACGCAACACUAGAAUCAAUAGUAAUACUCGUUCUUCGGCUUUGUUGAAUUCUGAUCUGCAUGAUGAAUCUUAUCGUAUGAGGCGCCUGAACUUGGAUGAAACAGAAAAUUCGAACUAUGUAUCCAAGAAAAGUUUUGCAGAUACCUAUACUAGUAGCAGUAACUUAGUUCGAAAUGAAAGAAAAACAUAUGAGCGCACAACAUCACCUCGAUUUGGUUCUCCAGUGCACGAAACUGAUGCUGCACAUCCACGAUUCCGUCCUUAUAACCAGACGCACCAGUCUUCCUUAUCUAUGGAAUCAUCAAGGUUAGACUCCCAAUCAGGAGGAGCUAAGGCUGUAAAAGUCAAGAGAAUACCUGAUGGUGUCGUCGGCGAGCCUGUGGAAUUCGAAAUUGAUGGAUCACGUGCUGGUUCUGGAAAUCUUGAGAUUCUUGUUAAUGGAGGACGCGUAACAUCGUCUGUGAAACCUUUAGGCAAUCAAAGAUUUCUUGCAGCAUUUACACCUCACGAAGUUAUGAGACAUAGCAUCAGAAUCACAUUUAAUGGAGAAACCGUACCAGGAAGUCCUUGGCACGUGGCCGUGAUGUCAGCACCAGGCGGCGGCGGCGGUACGACCGGUCCGUCAGCCUCGCCCGCAUCCCACAUGCAGUCGACGACAACCGGCUCCGUCCUCGGUGACUCUACGCGUCUCGUACCGGCAAAUGCUCCGGCAGUUUUUGAGGUCCUCUCUCCGCCUGGGAUGCCUCUGGUAUCUAGGUCAGAGGUCGGCGUUAAUGUUUUGUCACCAAGCAAAAGAUCUGUACCGGUUAGAGUACAAGAUGGAUUACACAAAGGCACUUACAGAUUAGAAUUCGUGCCGACGGAGGUUGGAACACAUAUUAUUGAGGUAUCUAUUGGCGGCACCAAGUUAUCAGCUGGACCACUGAUAGCCAAGGUGUAUGACGCAGGUUUAAUUCAAGUAGCAGAUGUUAGUGGUGGUGUGGUUGGACAACCUUGUCAAUUUAGAGUUGAUGCAAGUGCUGCUGGUGAAGGUCAGUUAGAAAUCUCGAUCAUGAAGGGGAAGUUCCAAAUCAUGUACAGGUAAUUAAUUUCUUAAAUAAUCUCGAUCAAUGAAGGGGAAGUUCCAAAUCAUGUACAGGUAAUUAAUCAAUGUAGAUGUUUAGUAUCUUUCACGCAUCAAGCAAAACCACACUUAAUUGAUAUUAAAUUCAAUGGAACUGUGCAAGGAUGUCCUUUUGUAUGUGCCAUAGCUGAUACGAGCCGAGUUUCGUUGAAUCUGUCGAAUUUGGAAUUAAUCCCUGUCGGGCAACCCUCCAACUUCCACAUGUCGGUGAGCGGCGGCGGUGCAGCUGAGCUGGCCGUGUCAGUGCGAGGACCUGCCGGGGAGCUUCCGGUGAAGGUGACUGGGGAUAUUCACGCUGGAUUUACUGCUGAAUUUACACCGCAUUCUGUUGGACCUCCUAUAGGUGUGGAUUAUAAUGGAUAUCCUGUCCAGGGAACGCCAUUUUUGGCUAAAGCUUAUGACGCUACCAGAGUACAUGUUGGGCCUGUCUCCAGAGGUACAGUAGGAAGACCUUUGCAAUUUACAGUUGAUGCUGGUGAUGCCGGUGAAGGUAAUCUGGAAAUAACAAUAUCUGCACGAGGACACAACAUACCUACCCAAGUUCAUCCACAGGGUAACGCAAGGUUUUCUGUAAGUUUUGUUCCUGCAGAAGCUUGUGAACACGUUGUCAGUGUUUCAUUUAACAAAAUGUCCGUUCCUGGUUGUCCAAUAAGCGUUUCCGUUGGUGGAGGUCUAGGCGGCCCUCAAGUUUCAUUACCAGGUCCUGGACCUAUACACAAACCAUCUAGCCUGUUGAUCAAUCAUUCAGGUGGUCGCCUAGAAGACGUUGAAGUCAAUGUGGAAGGGCCAAACGGACAGUCGGUACCCACGCAGGUACAACAGACCGCCGACGGCGUAUUCAGGGCCGAAUUCGUACCGAGGGCGGUAGGAGAACACCGAAUCACGGUCUCGGUGCAAGGGCAGCCUACUGCGGGAAGCCCGUAUGCCGCUAAGGUUUAUGAUGUGAACGCAAUUCGUGUGAAAGAAGUCAGCUCUGGUACUGUAGGAAAGCCCGUCACUUUUCUAGUUGAAACAUCCCAAGCUGGCCCUGGAAAUUUGGAAGUGACCGUAAAUGGCGGUCGUGUGCCAACAUCGGCACAAGCCCAAGGACAACACACUUACGCAAUUAGUUUUACACCGAGGGAACCGACUGAACAUACUGUUGAUUUGCGCUUCAAUGGACAAGAUGUACCUGGAAGUCCAUUUUCAUGCCGAGUUUGCGCCGCAGCUCGUGUAAUUGCCCCUGAACUUCUGGAAAAAGUAUCUGUGGGUCGUGCUUGUGAAUUUUUGGUUGAGAGUGAAGCACCUCCAAAUGUUGAAGUACUUGGACCGGCUAGAAGGCCUCUGCAAGCUACUGUUUCGCCAGUAGCGGGGGGCUCGGCUGAUGGGGCUUCUGGCGAUGGCAAAUUCAGUGUAAAAUUUAUACCAGUAGAUGUUGGUGAUCAUAGUGUUGAAGUACGUUUACCAGGCGGCCAUGUAGAGGGUAGUCCUUUUCUAGUAAAAGCUUAUUCUGCUGAGCGCGUAACAGUAACAGACAUAUCCCCUGGAACAGUAGGAAAACCAGUCAGUUUCAGCAUCAAUGCAAGUCAAGCAGGUGCCGGAAACCUUGAGAUCAUAGUUGCAGUUGCCGGAAGAAAUGUACCAAACUAUGUGCAAAGUGAAGGCAAUGCAAGAUUCAAGGUGAAUUUCAAACCUACUGAAGCAGCAACACAUUCAUUAUCUGUUAGAUUUAAUGGUUUGGCCGUUCCUGGAUCACCGUUCAGUUGCAUAGUGUCACCUGCUUUAGGCCCAGGAACGGCUACAGUUACUGGACCAGGAGUAAAGUUGGCGGCUCUUGGUGAAGAAGCACGAAUAUUAUUAGAUGGUUUCACAGGUCCAGAGCCUCAAGUCAGCGUGACCUCACCGUCAGGCGCCAUUCUUCGGAGUUCUGUGCGCCCAACUGAUUCAAGUGGCCAAUACACCGCUAUAUUUCGACCUGAUGCGGUUGGACGUCACUCUGUGGCAGUGUUACAUGGCGGUGGUGACAUGCAGCAUGUGGCGGGUUCACCUUUUAGCUGUAACGUCUAUGAUGUGCGCAGAGUUCACGUUAGAGGGCUUGAGGCGGGUCCUGGAGGUGCUGCAGUCGCCGAAGUGGGUCGAGCAGUAACAUUCAGCGUAGAUGCUGCUAGUGCAGGUGAAGGCACAUUGGAGCUCGUUGUCUCGACUGCCCAAAAUACAGUAAAAGCAGAGGUAGUCGCCUGUGCACGCGGUUUAUACGAUGUAACUUUUGUACCUUCUACGCGAGAAAUGCAUUUUGUCAACAUAACGUUUAAUGAUGCACCAGUUCCUGGCAGCCCUUUCCAAUGUGCUGUGCAGGAAAAUCUACAACAUAUUCAAAUCGGUGGUGUGGCUAGUGUCGAUAUGCCGCAAUCUCCCGACAAAACUUUGGAGAUAAUUGGUCCAGAUGGUCGUAAAAUUUCAUAUGGUGUUUCACGUGGAGUUGCCGAAUUUAAAACAUCUCAAGUCGGACAAUACACCAUUAGGACGAUUGAAACCGAAAGCGAUCUGCCACUUGCUGUUCGAAUUAUUAAUGUGUACGAUCCUACACUUGUUCAAAUAGUUACUGUUGGUGAAGGUCAAUGUCAUCGAACCGCCACUUUAGGAGUAUCAACAAUCGAUGCUGGUCAAGGCAUAUUGAGUGCUUUAGUGCGUGCAGGAGGUGAAGACGUUCAGCACACCGUUCGUGCUCCAUCAAAACCUGGUGGAAAUACUUGGGAAUUGAGUUAUCAGCCAAUAAAAGCUGCUCCACAUAAAAUCACCCUCAUGUAUAACGGCGUUCCGGUGUCAGAAAGGCCAAUAGAGGUCAAUGUAUUACCAGCUGGUGUGGGUCAUGAGGUUACUGCAUCCGGUUCGGGCUUGUAUCAAGCGCGUUUGGGAAAGGUAACUUCAUUUUCGAUCGACACCUUAGGACGACCAGCCCGGGAGUUCGAUGUUGUCGUUUCUGGGCCUGGUGGUGUCGCGUUGCCUGUUAGAUGUUACCAAACUAAAUCAGGAUUGCUUCAAGCGGAAUUUACAGUUACUCAGAUUGGUGAAUGCGUCAUAGAGGUACUUCAUCAGGCGAAACCAUUAAGCGGAAGUCCGUAUACGUGCCAAUCUUUUGAUCCAAGCAAAGUUACUGUGAAAGGAGCUCCUCAUUCUACAGUGCCAUUGUAUAGUCCAGUUCUGUUAACAGUUGAUCAUUCACACGCGGGUUUAGCUGAACUAGAUUUUUCAAUAACUGGACCAAACGGUCACAGCCUUCCAUUAAUGAUCACUAGACACGGAGAUGGCGCACACAUGGUAGAAUUGGUACCAAAUGCUCCAGGAAAUUAUAAAGUGAAUGUUCUUUAUGGUGGUAUAUCUGUGUUGAAAACUCCAAUUAAUUUCACUGCGAGCGCCGAAUCAUUGCGCAAAACUGGUGCACGUGCUGCAGGUCCUGGUUUAGAAUUAGGUCAUUGUGGCAAAGAGGCCGGAUUUAUUGUUUAUUGCCCAAGUGUUCCAAGUGUGCAGAUUGAAUCAUUAGACCCUUCUGUAGCUUCUGCUGCAGACAUAGAAACCCAUAUUCAAUCUAUAAAGCCAGGGGAAUGGCGUGUUACUUAUGUACCGCAUUCUGUUGGAAUGUAUGAAGUACGUGUGAGCUGUCCUGGUCAAGGUCAAGUGCCCGGUUCUCCUUGGGAACUUAAGGUGGUUGAUCCUUCUCAAUGCCACAUUAUUGGGGGAUGGCCACCGCACUUAGAUGAUAAUGGCAAUUUAAAAUUGCCAGCCAAACUAAUUUUUGACGUAAGUCAGUGCGGUCCUGGACGCUUAGAAUGUAUACUGGAUGGCAUGGAAAUACCAACUGAACAAUAUGGGGGCAAAAUGAGAGUUUCUCUGAAUGGAGAAGGUACAGCGCAAGGAAAAUGUGCAUUGGAAUUAUCAUAUUCAGGUGUUCCAAUCCCAGGUGCACCUCAAAGUGCUAUAGCACAUUUUCCUGCUAAUGGUGCUGGUGAAAAAGUUGUGUUGACGGGCAGAGGUCUUGCAAGCGCGCAAAGUGGUGAAACUGCUCAUUUCACUAUAGAUGGUUCACAAGCAAUCAGUGGUGGUUUGCCUGAAGUUACCUUGCAAAACCGUGAUACUGGACGCCCUGUCGAAGUAAUUGUUACACCUGCUUCUGGACCAGCAGGUGAGGAAGUUUGGCAUGCUCAAUAUACCCCACCUGCGCCGGGAAUCUAUUUAUUGGGUGUUACGUGGGCUGGCCGUGUUGUCAAAGGUUGUCCUCUUACUGUCAGUGUGUCUGGAUCGGCAGAUGCCAGCCGCGUUCUUUGUUCGGGUGAAGGUUUGCGUCGUGGUGUAGUUGGACGUGAAAUCCGCUCUUGGAUAGACACACGGCGAGCUGGUCCUGGUGAAUUAACUGCACACUGUGCUGGUCCUCGCAAGGUUGCAUACUGCGAACUUUAUGAUCAUGGUGAUGCUACUUUCACACUAAAUGUAAAACCGCAGGAGGCUGGUAAUCACCAGUUAACUAUAAAAUACGCAGGAGAACAUGUGCAAGGGUCGCCAUUCCAACUUAGGGUGGCAGGAGCUCCAGAUGCUAGCAAGGUUCGAGUUUAUGGUCCAGGAAUUGAGCACGGGGUUUUGGCUACAUUUCAAUCUCGUUUCAUUUGCGAUACACGAGGUGCCGGCGCCGGUCAACUAACAGUUCGCGUUCGGGGACCUAAAGGCGCUUUUCGCGUCGAAAUGCAGCGCGAAAGUCAAAAAGAUCGCACUAUAUUAUGCAAAUUCGAUCCAACCGAACCAGGAGACUACAGAGUUGAAGUAAAAUGGGCGGGAGAACUGGUUCCAGGUUCGCCUUUCCCAGUCAUGAUUUUUGAUACUCAAGAAGAAUUAAAACGAUUUCUUCAUGGAUAGUAUAUAUAUAUAUAUAUAUAUAU